UGUUGUUCUCUCUCUGUGGGUCUCUCUCGCGUGUUGUGAUAAAUAUUGUGUGUGUGUUAGUGUGGAGCUGUCAAAAAAUAUAACCUAAAAAUUAUACAAUAACAUUAAAGUUUGACAGGAGAUAAAAGCUACAACAAAGUAAACAAGUAAAUAAAUAAUUAAAAUUGUUGAAAAUAUAUAAAUAUAAUUAUUAAAUAUAAUGGAUGAUUUACAAAAACUUGAAGAGGAGGCUAAAGCAACAGCAACAAAACAUGUUAUAAAUAUGUUACAACGUCCAGAUCAAUUGGAAAAAGUUGAACAAUAUAAACGUAGAAUAAGUAGAAAAAAAUCAUCAGUUGAAACAAUGUUAAAAACAGCAAUGCAAAGUCAACUUGAUGGUGUUAAAGUUGGUUUUGAACAAUUAAAAAAAUCACUAGAAAGUGUUAAAACAAUUGAAGAAGAAAUAAAUUUAAUUGGUAAAUCAUUUGGUUCAGCUGUUGAAUUAAGUAUUAAAUUACAAUCAGUACAAGAUGAAAAUAUGCGUCAUUCACAGUAUGUUACUGCUAAAGAAAAUUUAAAACAUAUAUUUACUGUACCAGAAAGUGUUGAAAAAACAAAACAAUGGAUUAAUGAAGGUAAAUUACUACAUGCACAUCAAAGUUUAAUGGAUUUAGAAAAUUCAAGAGAUGAUUUAUUAUAUGAAUUACAUAAAUUACCAAAUCAGUCAUUACCAGAUAAAGUUAUGUUAAAAGCAUACUUUGAAGAUGUUGAAUUACUAUCACAAUUAAUGGAAAAACAAAUUAAACUUGUAUUAAGUAGAACAUUAAAUAUUGUUAGAAAAGAACCAACAGUUAUUGUAACAGCAUUAAGAAUUAUUGAAAGAGAAGAAAAAGCUGAUGAAUUUGCUGCUCAACGUUAUCGUCAAAGUGGUUUUAUGCCACCAGGUAGACCAAAAAAAUGGAAAAAUAUGUCAAUGAGUGUAUUAGAAAAAUCAGUAUCACAAAAAAUUGAAGGUACACAAGUUGUUGAACGUAAUGAUAAUAAAAUGUGGCUUGUAACAUAUUUAGAAUUAACAAGACAAUUAUUACUUGAAGAUUUAAGAGUUGUUAAAACAUUAUGUGGUCCAUGUUUUCCACCAAAAUAUGAUAUUGUUAGAAAAUUUGUUAAAAUGUAUCAUACUAGUUUAUCAGAACAUUUAAAAGAUAUUAUUGCAAAUGGUCUUGAGGGUAAUGAAUUUGUAACACUUCUUGGUUGGAUUAUAAAUACAUAUACUGGUAAUGAUUUAAUGAAACAUCCAGAAUUAAAUAUUGAUACAACACAUCUUGGUCCAUUAUUGAGUGAUGAAAAAUUAAAUGAAUUACAAGAAAAAUAUUUAAUAAAUAUGUGUAAAAAUUAUGAUGAUUGGUUAAAAAAUACAUUGGAAAGUGAAAAAGUUGAUUGGUGGAAAGAACAACCACCUGAUGUUGGUAAACAAGAUAUAUAUUAUCAUACAUCAGCACCAAUUAUUAUAUUUCAAAUGAUUGAUCAAAAUUUACAAGUUACUAAAACAAUUAGUAAUGAUUUAACAGCUAAAGCAUUAAUUGUUGCUAUUGAACAAAUAACAAAAUAUGGUUAUAUGUAUAGAUCAGCAAUACUAGAAUUUAAAUCAAAACAUUUUGAUGAUAGAAGUCAAGUACCAUAUUUUACACAUCAUAUGAUAACUGUUGUUAAUAAUUGUUUACAGUAUGUUGAUUUAGCACAACAAAUGAAACAACAUUAUUGGAUAACAAAUUCAAGUGGUGAUGCUGCUAUUAAAUUUGAGGCAUUACUUGAACAUUAUCAACAAUUAAGAAAUAAUGCUGCAUCAAUAUUACUUGAAGAAUCAUUUCUUGAUUUAGAGCCACAAUUUCAAGAUUUAUUAACACCAAAAUGGCUACAAUCACGUAUACCUGUUGAAACAAUACGUGUUACACUUGAAGAUUAUUUUCAAGAUUAUAAACAUUUAACACCUAAAAAUUUUGAAUAUAUUAUAACAGAAGGACAAAAUUUAAUUGCCAAAAGAUAUAUAUCAGCAAUGUUAUCACGUAAAAUAUCAUUAAAAACAUAUUCUGAAUGUUUAAUAUGUAUUAAAAAAAUUAUUGAUGAAGCUGAUGAAUUAAAAAAUUUUUUUAUUAAAAUUGCACCAAAAGUUGGUAAUUUUGAUUCACCAUUUGAAAUUAUUAAAAAACUUGCUGAAGUAUUAAAAUGUGAAGAUGCUGAAAUGUUAUCACUUGAUCUUCAUUCAUUAGUUGAAAAAUAUCCUGAUAUUAGUGAAGAUCAUUUGGUAAGAUUACUUAGUCUCAGAGGUGAUAUACCAAAAAGUGAAGCCAAGGAAAAAAUUGUUUAUCUAUUGGAAUCACAAAAAAAUCGUAGAACAACAACACAAACAAAUACAAAUAGUAUAUUUAAACAUAUUAUUUUUCAAGAUAGCUUUUUAAGUUGGAAGCCUUGAGUUGAUUUUAAUAUUAAAUUAUAAAAAAUAAAUAUACAUAUAUAUUUAUCUAUUAUUAUUGUUUUUGUUUCUUAAAAAAAAACAACAACAACAUUACCAGAAU